CAGCAGCCAGGCCCAGGCGUGAGGGGCGUGGCCAGCGCGGGUGUGGGGAGGGGCUGAUGAGAGACCGACGGAAAGACAGAGACCCAGAGAGACCAGUGCGGAGACACGCGCGAGCUGCACAGCAGAGCACCCCACCUCGGGCUAUUUUUAGCUCCCGCGGACCCCCUCCAGCCCCCGAGGGGCCCUCGCCCCUCCUUCGGCUGGGACCCUGCGCAGCUGCUGCGUCCUGUGCGGCCUCGCCCCCCAUCUGUGACCCCGCCGCGACCGGAAGCGCUGGGGUCCUCUGUCCCACCGCCCUCAGUGACUCGGUUUCCCCAGGGGCAUCGAGGCCGGCCGCUCUGCUUCCGCCUCUGCAAGCCGCAAUCCCGCCAGGCACCCGCACGUUCGCCCGGUCCACGAGGGCGCGGCUACUUCUGCAGGUCCCAGCGACCAUCGCCAGGGGUCCCAGAACAGACAGAAUUGGUCCUCACCCUUGAUGAUCACUGAGCCUGGACAGAGCUGGAGGCAGCAGCAGUAGUAAUAGCGAUAGCAGUACUAGUAGUAGUGGUAAUAGAAAUACUCACUGCGCAGGGAGUGAGGUGUGCUGAGCGAGUGCCAGCCGUCCCACCUGCAGCCUUGGCCGGAUGGGGUGGUGACCCUCCCCGCUCCACCCUGGUGCCAUGUGGCCCAAUGGCAGCUCUCUGGGGCCCUGUUUCCGGCCAACAAACAUCACCCUGGAGGAGCGGCGCCUGAUCGCCUCCCCCUGGUUCCCGGCUGUCUUCUGCCUGGUGGGCCUGGCCUCCAACCUGCUGGCGCUGAGCGUGCUGAUGGGCGCGCGGCAGGGCAGCUCCCACACGCGGUCCUCAUUCCUGACCUUCCUCUGUGGCCUGGUCCUCACCGACUUCAUGGGGCUACUGGUCACCGGUGCCAUCGUGGUGUCCCAGCAUGUCGCCCUCUUUGACUGGCAGGCUGUGGACCCUGGCUGCCACCUCUGCCACUUCAUGGGCGUCAUCAUGGUCUUUUUCGGCCUGUGUCCACUGCUGCUGGGGACCGCCAUGGCCUCGGAGCGCUACCUGGGCAUCACCCGGCCCUUCUCACGGCCCACGACCGCCUCGCAGCGCCGGGCCUGGACCACAGUGGGGCUGGUGUGGGCUGCCGCACUGGCGCUGGGCCUGCUGCCCCUGCUGGGACUGGGCCGCUACACCGUGCAGUACCCGGGCUCCUGGUGCUUCCUCACGCUCGGCGCCGAGCCAGGGGAUGUGGCCUUCGGCCUGCUCUUCGCACUCCUCGGCAGUCUCUCAGUGGGGCUGUCCUUCCUGCUCAACACCAUCAGUGUGGCCACCCUGUGCCACGUCUACCACGGGCAGGAGGCCGCCCAGCAGCGCCCCCGGGACUGCGAGGUGGAGAUGAUGGCUCAGCUCACCGGCAUCAUGGUGGUGGCCAGCAUCUGCUGGAUGCCACUGCUGGUCUUCAUCGCCCAGACCGUGCUUCGGAGCCCGCCUGUCAUGAGUCCGACUGGGCAGCUGUCCCGAGCUAUGGAGCAGCAGCUGCUCAUCUACCUGCGCGUAGCCACCUGGAACCAGAUCCUCGACCCCUGGGUGUACAUCCUGUUUCGCCGGGCAGUGAUCCGGCGCCUCUACCCUCGCCUCAGCGCCCGGCCCAGGUCGCUUUCCCUGCAACCCCAGCUCACCCGCCGGCCCACGAUGCAGUAGGGCCGGGGCUGGACGUCGGCGGCGGCUCCGGAAGGACAGUGGACAGGGGACCCAGUCAGCGUGUCCCCCGUUAAACCUUGGUCCCCCUCGGUGGUCACAUCUGCCUGAUCUCAAGUCCCAGAGUGCAGGAUGGACAGUUUGAGCAGCAGGAUUGUGGGCCCUGGGGAUUCCCGACUCCCUUGAUCUUCCUUUCCGAGUCUUCUCCCCUCUCUUAGCUCCCCCACCCACAAGUCCUCUCCCAACCCCAGGAAGGAUGUGUGGAGGGUGGGGUAUUGGGAGGGUGUCUGGAAGAAAUCAGGUUUGUAAGCCUCCCCUUUUAGAAAUGGGGGUCUCUGACCCUUGAGGAUGACCUACUUCCUGGGGGAGGGUUGAUUCCCUUGGACACCCCAACCCGAAAAGGCUCUGCCUGGAAAAGAUUGAAUGUGAACCAUCAAGACACCCCUUCUCUUGCCAAAAUACAAUCUCCGCCUCUGGCUUAAUUUUCCUCUGGGUCCGGAAUCGUCAGUCAUUAAAGUUCCUCGCAUCAGAGGGCUACCCAGCCCGCUACCCAACCGCGUCGCAGCUCAGCAGGACCAGGGCGGGGGGGGGAGGGCAGGGGGUGGGGCUGGCUUCCCGCUCCUCUCCCCACCCCCUUCAUGGAGCCUUCACUAAGCCUUCACAGCUUGGAUCUCCUGGAGUCCUCCGUACAGCCCCUCGGAGAGGGUUCCGGCAUUAAACCCAUUUUGCAGGUGAGGAAAAGAGAGGGCGAGACACAGGAGAUCGCGGAGGAACCCCCUUCCUUCACUGACCGCGGGACGCCCUUCCUCUUAAACUGACGGUUUAGCCUUCUCUUCGCUCAGCCCUUCAGAGGCCCAAUGCUGUGAACUGGCAGCACCUGGCCCACGGCAGGUUCUCAGUAAAGGCUGACUGAAUGGCGGAACCGCUG